UGACGUAAGGCGGAAGUGUUUUAUUAGGGGGCGGCCGCCUCAGUCAAUGAGGAGCUUUUGUACUGUAGCAGUGUUGAAGUGGCGUGUUAUGAUCAAUAGAAACGGCGACGAUGGAUCGUAUCAGGUCGACGUUUAACAGGAUGAUGAAAAGCGAGCGGUACAGCAGAUUCACUCUGCAGCCGUCGGAGGAGGGAGAAACACAUGCGGAGGUGCGACUGUCGGAUGAGCCCACGGAGGUCGACGGUGAAGCGGGGGGGUCUCCGAGCUUCAGGCCGGCGCCUCUGCAACAAAACCGACGUAAUUUACUCUACCUGAUCCUGGGAAUCCUGCUGAUAUUUGUGAUAGGCUAUUUGGUCGGGUAUAUCAGCCACCGUAAAAGUAAGGAGGGCCCGGUGAACUGCGGCGGGGGAACGAUGACGGACAGUCCUACGGAGGAGACGCCAGCUCGUGGCGCAUCGGCUCCAGACUUCCAACUAGACUGGAAGAACAUCACCCAGCUGCUCACUGAUAAACUCACCAGCCAGACUUUUGCAAUGACUCUCAGGAACUUUGAUCUGCCCAGACGCUCUGCAGGAAGCGCAGAAGAUAUGAAUCUGGCAAACCGCGUCUUUGAUGGAUUCCAGAAACUGGAGAUGGAUCCUUGGACUGACAUCCACUAUGUUCAGCUGCAGAUGCCCGACAGCCAACGCCCAAACCGUGUUGAAUUUGGUUCAGACGUUUUUAAGCCUACUGGGUAUCUGGCCUACAGUGCUCAAGGAAAAGUAAAGGGAAAGCUUGUGUACGGCAACUACGGGCGUCAGGAGGAUCUGGAUGCCGUGCAGAAGAAGAAUGUGGUGCUGGAAAACUGUGUGCUGCUGCUCCGUGCUGGAAAGAUCAGUUUUGCAGAGCAGGUGCAUAAUGCUGCUAUGAAGAAUGCCUCCGCGGUUCUGAUCUACCCUGACAUUCAAGAUUUCAACUAUCAAGGAAACACGGUGCUCUACGGCCAUGUUCAUCUGGGUUCAGGUGACCCUUUCACUCCUGGAUUCCCCUCCUUCAACCACACCCAGUUCCCCCCAGUUCAGUCGUCCGGUCUCCCCCAAAUCCCAGCCCAGACCAUCACUGCUUACAUGGCCACAACCCUUCUACGGAAAAUUGGUGGUCCUGAACCAGAUGCCAGCAGCGCUUUUAAAGGCAGCCUCCCGUCAGUGUCCUACAACCUGGGAGGCAGCGAGGACAUCACAGUGGAGGUAAACAACGUCCUGGUCAACAGGGAGAUCCAUAACGUGUUCGGAGUGAUCAAAGGAUUCACUGAUCCUGAUCAAUACGUUGUGCUGGGAGCUCAGAGAGACGCCUGGGGGAGUGGUUACGCCAAAGCCACCGUCGGCACGUCCAUACUGAUGGAGCUGGCCAAGGCUGUCCAUGAGAUGGUGGAGAACGAUGGGUUCAGGCCCAGGAGGAGUCUGGUGUUUGCGAGCUGGAGCGCUGGAGAGUAUGGAAGUGUUGGCGCCACCGAGUGGCUGGAGGGUUAUAUGUCCUCUAUUGACAAACGUGUCUCUGCCUACAUAAACCUGGAUGGAGCCGUCAUUGGCACCGGAGGCUUCAAGGCCUCAGCGAGUCCGCUGCUCUACAGCCUCCUUGAGAGUACGAUGAAAGAGGUGAAGAGUCCUUUUGGUUCUGGCACGCUGUACGAUGUGAUGGAUAAAAACAAGUGGGAGGCCAAAGUACUGAGGCCAAUGACAAUAGAUGACCCCGCCUAUCCCUUCCUGGCUUUCUCCGGCAUUCCCUCCGUCUCUUUCCACUUCACGUCUUCUAAGUCUGACUACUACGCUUACUACGGCACCAGCCUGGACGACUCGGAUCACCUCAACUACCGAACCAGCCAGCGCACCAGCGAGGUGGUGGCGGCGGCGGCGCAGUUUGCCGGCCAGAUGGCCCUGAGACUCGUCCACAACCACCUGCUGAGCCUGGACGUGAGUCGAUACGGCAACGUCCUCACCAAGGCCGUGGCCAAGGUCUACGCACGCGUCAGCCAGCUCUCACAGUCUGGUCAGCUGAAGGAUGUGAGUCCGAGCUGGCUGAGCCGCGCACGAGGCUCCUUCCAGCGAGCCGUCGACGACAUCAACGGCGCCAUCACCAACACUGACUUGAAUGACAAGGAGGCCUGUCGCAUCCUCAACGACAGGAUCAUGAGGGUCGAGCACACCCUCCUCUCUCCGUACGUGUCCCCCGUCGAGACGCCCUUCCGUCACCUCGUGUUCGGCCGAGGCUCCCACACUCUGGCGUCCAUCGCUGCGACUGUGGACAUGGAGCAGCUCCACACCCAGCUGGCCCUGGCCACCUGGAACUUGCAGGAGUGUGCCAACGCCAUGGCGGGAAACAUCUGGGACAUUGACGACGAAAUCUAAGGCGGGGUGGGGGGAUGUGAGCGUGGGAGUGGUGUGUGUAUGUGUGUGUGUGUGUGCGUGUGUGUGU